AUGGGGAAUGGCCCACUUGAGCGAAAGCUCGAAUUCGAGAAGCGCAACCAAGAUCUGGUAAAGCUGCCCAAGUAUGCAAAGGUGGAAAAGCGCCCAAUUCCUCAUGCCCCUGUCGCAUCGCCAUAUGCGGGCCCGUCCGUGCCCAAAGUUGUUUACGUUUCUAGCAACACCCCGUUCAUGAGUGCGGUGAAGCGCAUCCAGAAAUUACUCCGACAAGCCGAGAAGCGCGCCACGGCCAAUAUUAGCCUCGAAGAUACGCGCAAAACAGAGAAGCAAAAGCUCGCGGAAUUGGCCAAUUCUGCUGAGCAGCGGGAGGAGGUUUUUGUCAAGGCUACCGGGCGGGCAAUCGAAAAGGUGCUCAACGUGGGGAAGUGGUUCGAAGAGAAAGAAUCAGAAUACUCGGUCCGGGUGAAUACUGGAAGUGUCCUUGUCGUGGAUGAUGUGGUUGAAGACGAGGAGCGAAAAGAAAAGCUCGCCCAGAAGGAACAGAAGCAAAAUGAGACAGGCAAAAAAGAGCCUGAGCAAGGCACUGCGAAGUCUGACGCGAAGAAGCGUAAACGACAAGAGAAGCCCGAGGCUUCCGAUGAUUACGAGCUACCCGAGACGCGAACCCGAUGGGUUAAAAUGGUUGAGGUCGCCAUCAGCCUCAAGUGA